AACGUUAGUCGCUAACUGGCGCGUCUCUCACCGCUCCUUGGAUGCCGUGUGACCAGCAGCACUAAGCGGAGAAACCGUCCAGCAAACCGCCGUCCAGCACAGCAAAAAUAAAACCCAAACGAUGACCUUCUUACAGAUACGACAGAAGAAAACAGUUAUUUGACAACUUCCAACACCGCACUUUGCCUUCGCCGCUCCUUGCUGCAACGCCCCGCUCCAACUUUAAGGACCUCCCCCCCAGCCUAUCGGCCCUCCAGUCCAGCAGGACCAUGAUGCUUAGUAGCUCUGUGGAGGUGCCCAGCCCGGGUGGGCUGAGCGGCCUUAGCGGGCUGAGCGCAGCAGCUCGGAAUGUGGUGCGUUCCUCCAGCAUCUCUGGGGCCAUGUACAACCUGGAGAAGAGUCCCGGCAGCAGGGGCCCGGACUCCACAUCAUUGGCUGGCAACAAGAAGCGGCGCUCCAGUCUGGGCGCCAAGAUGGUGGCCAUUGUGGGGUUGUCCCAGUGGAGUAGGAGCACACAACAGCUCAACCAACAAGACGGCGGGACGAAGAAGCUUCGCAGCACCAUCCGACGGAGCACAGAGACCGGCAUCGCCGUCGACAUGAGGAACCGAGUGACACGGCAAGGCAGCAAGGACUCAACUGACGGCAGCACCAACUCAAACAGCUCUGACGGAACCUUUGUCUUCCCUACCACACGCCUGGGGCCUGAGAGCCAGUUCAGUGACUUUCUGGAUGGACUAGGCCCCGCUCAGAUCGUAGGCCGGCAAACGCUAGCUACACCCCCCAUGGGGGAUGUCCAUGUAGGCAUGGUAGACAGAGGAGGGCAGCUGGAGGUGGAGGUCAACCAGGCCAGAAGGUUGACCCCCAAACCGGGCUCCAAGAACACACCAGCGACUUACGUGAAGGUGUAUGUGCUGGAGAAUGGCGUGUGCUUGGCCAAGAAGAAAACCAAAGUAGUAAAGAAGAAUCUGGACCCCACCUACCAGCAGGCACUGUUGUUUGAUGAGAGUCCUCAAGGCAAAGUCCUACAGGUAAUAGUGUGGGGGGAUUACGGGCGCAUGGACCACAAGUGCUUCAUGGGAAUGGCCCAGAUCCUUCUCGAGGACUUGGACCUGUCUGCCACAGUCAGCGGCUGGUACAAGCUGUUCCCUACCUCCUCUCUGGCAGAUCCCAGCAUCGGACCCCUCACCAGACGCCUCUCCCAGUCCUCCCUGGAGAGCGCCACCAGCCCCUCGUGCACCUAAACACCCAGUAGACACCCACAUACGCAGGCAGAGUCAGACGCGGACACAAGUUCUGUAUAUACACAACGACUGUAUUCAAAUUGCAACACAGGUAGGCAUACACACACACACACACACACACACACGUACCCAUGUACCCAUCUGUGCAGGAAGACACAUUUGACAUACAGGUGCAAAUACCUGAUCUCAUCCACGUGAAUACACACACUGACACGCUGCCAUAUCCUUCACUACGUCCAUAUUCUCACUCACUGAUCAGUAUUUUAGUUGAGAAAACCAACUUCCAACUUGAGGUAGACUCAAUUUACCAGAACAUGUAGCACUUUUCACCGUCCCAUUUCAACACGUCCUACCGUGACACAGCAAAACUGCAUUCCAAGGUACCAGAUUUCCGUGGCACGACUCAUCCCAGGGCCAUUCCGAUGCCAGUUUAUAAACUCUCUAUGCCAAACUAAGGGGAAAAAAAACUUUAUUUUUUAAAACCAAAGCAAUUGUUGUUAUUAUUACUAUAAGUAGUAGGUGAUCUAGUAUACACUAUAAAGUAUGGAUAUGUAGCAGAGUCAAUGACUUAGAUGUAAUGCAAAAAAGAAGAUACAUUCUACACGCACGAGCUGAGAACGGCAGGCCAAACACAUACCUGGGCAACAGGCUUGGAUAUUCACAUAAUGGCUAUUAUGUGAUGUAGCAACACUGCUAUUCUAUAAUUUUCACAGGGCAGUUUAUAUAUAGAUAUACAUAUAUAUAUAUAAAUAGAUAGUUAGAUACUUAUUUGUGUUUAUAUAUGUAUCGGCUGCAUUCUGCAUGUUUAAAUGCAACCCUUGAGACAUUUGAAAGUGCUUCAAUCUUUUUAUUUAGCUUGCCUCGACUAAUGUAACUAAUUUAUUUUGCAAUCCAUCCUGGGAAAGGCGCACUGCACUGAGUUAGGGAGAAGGAUAGGGUGACAGGGGGAGCGCUAUGAGCAAAAGAAGAGAACAAAUUACUCAGCCAGCUACUCAUUUGCCGAUGAACAAAAAUUCUGAUCCUGCCUUCAUCUUUAGAGUAAGGGACUGUUGCACCGCACAGGGCACUUAGCACAAAGGCAUUCUGGGAAAUGUGUCCAGCUCUAGUCUGGGGUUCUCGUGUGUCUUGUUGUGCCACAUCCAGGGGGUGCCACAGUCACACUUUCUCUCUUUUUGUAUACAAGUACCCAGACUUGUAUGAACUUUCUCUUGAUUUCCCUGUUAUGAUGUCCACUUUGUGGCGAGCGUGUCCCUUGUCUCUCACACGCAAACACAAACACACACACACAAACACACACACACACACACGCAGCUGGCACACUUAGUGACUUUAACUGUUGUAAUUCCAGAUGAGUUUUUCUUUUUGAUAUCAGACUAUUUACGCCAGUGUUAACUUUUCUAGCAGGUUGAUUGUUAACCUGUCAUGUAUGGUAGUUUUAAAUUUUUUUUUUUUUCGUUUUACUUGUUUCAGUUGCAACAUCACAGUCUUCAUGUCUCCUGCCAGGCAGCGUGUUUGUGUUAAAGAUGGCACUUUACUGUAAUAUAUGUAUUAUGUUUGAAUUAUAGACAGUGGUUGUCCAACUUUUGGUUUAUUUUUUUAUUUUAUUUGGUCACACUGCAGUGUGCAUCUCUGAAUCUUGUAAAUGAAUGCCAGCAUGGAAAUGAUGUUUUGAAUUUGAGUGUAAAGGCCCACUAGGACAGCUGUAACUGGUCAGUUCUGCCACUGAAUUUUCAACUUAAAUGUGAGUAAUCAUAAUAGUCAUUUAUUUGCAAAAGCUUCAAUCUUGUACAUUGGCUUAUUCAAAAACAUAAUUAUGUUUUUGUAAGUAAAUCUAUGUCUGGAAGGAUAAGGACGUGUUCCAAAUAAUCUAAACGUUUGCAAUUGCAUUUGAAUAUUGGAUGUAUUUAAAGUUUUUCCUUUCUUUUUUUAAAAAGAAAUCGCUUUCUCUUUUAAUGUUUACCUCGCAUAAUUACCAACGCUACUAUGUUCUUAGUAUUUGAAGCAUUUUAUUUGCAUUUGAAAUCACUAAAAAUGGUAAGACUGACCUGGUGGCUGUUAAAGUAAAAUGUGCAAUGGUUGAGUCUUAAUUGAUGGCAGAGGAGUAGCAGGGCAAACUGAGCUACUGGUGUUUACUGUUUUGUUUAUGAUGAAAAUGUCAUUAUUCUUUUCAGUGGUUCAGAGUGUUUUUGAAUCUGUCUGUCUUAGGACCAACACCAAACCUUGUGUAUGGAUAAAGACACUUUAUAGAGUCAUAUUUUAGUAGUGUUAGGAGAGAUGACAGUCUCAAGUUCUAGGCUCUUAAAAGCUUGUGCGUGUUUAUGAGCUCGCAUUUGCGUUUUAUCUCCACCGUAUGUUCUGUACUGUUUGGCUCACUCCUCUCUUCAUCUUUCUGCAAAAAGGGAAACUGCGAGGCACUUUGUCUCGUCAGCACAUCAGACCAACAGAAUUCACAUUUCAACGCUCUUUGAACUUUGGAUAAAGGGAUCUCUGGCAUUCUUGAAUUCUUUGGGAGGAGGAUGAUGGUCAUUUUCUGACCCUCCCAUCAUGUAUACAACCCUUUUUAGAAGAACCACCAAGGUCUGGGUUCCAGUUUCUUUUGAACCCUUUGGAGCGAUUCCUUGCUGGAUCUGUAACUGUAUGGUCUUGUAUAUGAAGUAAUUUUAUGUACCUUUUUAAUUUGUAUCUUAUCUAUUUUUGUGGACAGCUGGCAUGAUGUAAAAAUAAGGACUUAUACUCUUAGUAUUUGCACACAUUCUCUUCAUGGCGCGCCUUUUGUGAGGACAAAAGAAACUUGGUUGGUAUAACAUCCCUGCUGAAUGUUUAGUCCUUGGUAAACUUUAAAAAUGCUGUUAAUAUUUUUCCAUGUGAUGUCCAAUGCUUUGGAGCUUAUAUGAGACCGUAUAUGUCCCUUUGCUGUAUAUCGAGUAGCCCGAAACAUUAACAGUUCUAAUGAUUGAAAGUAGAGGAAGACACGAUGCAGAGAGAUAGUUAUUCUUAGGGAGUGUUUUAUGGAGAGCAGAGCGCAUCUGCCAACUUUGUCCAAAUCUUUUGAAUCCUGCAACCAAAAGGAAAUUUGAAAUAUGGCCUUUCUUCAAAGUGUAGUGCGGGUGUAUGUCUUUCAAUGAGGUGCAUUUAUUGUCCUGUGCGAUGCAUAAAAAUGAGCACCAAAACGUCUGUGAGAGAGAGAUUUGAAUGUGUAGAUAUUUAUUGAAAAAAAAAGGCCACUUGUAAACUGACGACGUGGACCACAGGGAGGAGAAUUUAGGGAUCAGGGUUUUCAGAUAUGAACAGUAACGCCUCUCGUCAUUGCUUUUACCUUAGAUUAGAACAAAUUGACUGUAGUCACACGAUUAACGUUGCGUUGGCUCAUCACAUUUGAUUUAUUUUGACACUACUGUUUUAAGGAAGUUGAAAAAGGUUGCUUUAAGAGAUGUUGAAGCCUCACAGGGUUAACUAUGGCAGGGCAGAGUUACAGCAGGGUGUGUAAACGGGAAGGUAGAUGCAUGCAAGCGGUUUGCUACAUUGCUGGAUUAAUCAAAGUGUCUAUUAUAGACACUUUGGCAUUUUAUUGGAAACAGCACGGAGCAUGUAGAGCUUGUUUGAGAUAGGUAAGGAUAGUCUUAGCUUAAGUUAGACCGCAUCUGGCUCAGCUGAGGUUUGAAUGUAAGGGCUGUGGAUGCUUUGGAAUGUAAACCCACACGCUUGCUUGCUGCCCUGUCAAAUCCACAUUGAGCAUUCUCGAACACGACUUUUAUUGUGCGCAAAACUUUUACAUUGUAUCUUCAAUCAACCGGAAUCGUCUCUUGAUCGCUACGUUGGAAAUGUAUUUUAUUUUUGUAAGGAGAGAGGUAUUAUUCAGAGGAGGAGAGAGAAUCAGAGAGGCAAAAAAAAAACAGCCUUGAGAUUUUCACGAAAAUGAGGGCUUGUCACGUGUACAUUGGCCUUAUUUUGUGUAGGAGACAUUGCUUCACUAUUGUAGCACACAAACUGAAAAUUUUGACAAAUGUAUUUUGCUUGAAAUAUUGUACCGAAGUUAUAUAUGUGUAUAUGUAUAGUUUUAUGAAUGUAUUUCUUAAUCGUUACACCAGAACCGAGUGUAAUGUUUUUGUCAUCUUGUUUGCUAUACCGUCUCUUUGAAGACCUUCCUGGGACCUCGCCUGCAUUGGUUUUAGGCAGCCCCUACUUUUACUGCACUGUAUACUGUAUGUCUUAUUCUUUAUGUCUUCAUUUGAAAAGAACAGCUCUGUGGUUGAAAACGAGCAUGUGGCGAAAUGCAUUGUAAUUUAUUUAAAUCGCCGCGAUUUGUUUCAAACAGAAAGGAUUGCACCCCAACACACACACACACACACACACACACACACACACACACACACACACACACACACACACACACACACACACACACACCUACCAAUUAACUUUAACUUGAUUCUAUCAAGCUGAUGGAAUUGUUAGAUUUUUGUACUUUGAACUUACAAAUGUUCGCCGCAUGGUUACUUUGAUGAGUUUGUUGUAUUUACUCUUUAUGGUGAUAUGAUUAUUAUAAAAAAUUAUGAUAAUGACACAUGAUGAGGAAGUUAAUUAGACCCAGUUCAGUCUCAAAGGGAAUUCAUUGUAUCUUAAAGUAGCAUGGACUUAGACUUCCACUUUCUGAAAUACUUCUUCUGGCAAUAACCAGAAGAGGCGGUAGCCUCUACUGUUGCUGGGGCCUUGGCUUCCGUCUCGCUCAUUACAGUUGGGUUGUGCAUAUAUAUAUAUAUAUAUAUAUAUAUAUAUAUAUAUAUAUAUAUAUAUAUAUAUAUAUACACGACCUUCCACUUCCAGGAUUGCCCCCUUGCCACCUGAAAUGUUCCACCAAAACAAGUUCCUUCCUGAGGCUUUUUUCCAGCGGCACCGGGGCUCCAUGCAGCGCUUAGCGCCUCCCAAGACGAUUGCGAUUGGUUUGAGGAAAUUACAAUAAACCAAAGCACGUUUUUCUCCCAUGCUGUGUCAACUCACGAGACCCUCCUCCACAGUGCUGUGGAGGAAGGUCUGGCAAAGUGAGACUAGGUUGUGUGUGACCUCAGGCUGAAUCUACAUCAGUUCACCACGAUGACAAAUUUCAAUUUGAAUCACAUUUUGAAGCACUAGAAGCAAUUUAGGCCUAACAGAGCAUGCAAUGCAUUGUGAAUAACUGCUAUUUUAUAAUAGCCCCCCCCAUCAGCAAGAGUUUUUAAUUAACUUUCUUUCAUUUUCUAAUGACGCAUGCAUUCCAAAUGUCUGUUUGCCGAUGUACGAGAGCAAAACACACAUAUACUGCUAAACUGAUGGGGCAAAUUGGAGUUUUAGCUGCUGAUUAUGCCAGUUUGUCUUCAUCCACAUCUAUAAAUGUGGGUAGUCACAGCACAAGUUUCCUGAGUAGCCAUUUUGUCCUUUUUAACUGUCUGUCAAACUAUAUUAAGGCCACUGUAGCUCCCCUCCCCACUAUCAAGACAACCUUUAUCUUAUCAAGCCCAGCAAAGCACAUUUAACUUCCAAAACCGAGGUGAAUCUUUGAAUAGUGUUGACUUGAUUGGAUGGACCACAAUGACCCAAGCACAUAGAGUAAAUGGAUGCCAUGGAAACAAAUCUGAAGAUGGAUAAAAGCAUCUGGUGAAAUAAAACAAAACAUUCAGCCCAGUUAAAUUGGAUUGCCGGUGUUGGUAGAUGAGCGGUUGUCUUUUCUUAACCAGCCUUAACCUUUCCACGAGGAGCGUUCACAGAGCACGUUUCAAAAGGGCAAAGCAUAGCAGAUCGCUGAUGAAAGGAUGCUUAUGAAGAAGAAAGAGGGAGCUGUAAUUUUAUACCUGUGCUUUGUAAAUGUUUUCUAUGUGCAGUAUUUGAUAAUGUAAAACUGGUAUUUUUGUGGUUUGUACGCUGCAGAAUUGAUUACUUAAGGUGCACGUAGUUUUGUAAGAAAAUGGAACCAAACUGAGGAAAAAACUAUUUUGGAUUCAGAAGCCUGUAUUUGCAUGCCCUUUGCCAUCUGGACGCAAAGUCAAUAAAGUUUAUUUGAAUCACAAA